CUGAGAAUGAUGACUGCUGUCAGGUUUACAAAAGGGAAAUAGGUGAAUCUGAAGGCCACCUUGUACAAGAAGUAGGAGAUCAUUAAGGAGCUGACAACAGCGAGCAGGACCAUCAAGGCUGGAGCAUCCAUGUCAAAAGACCUGUUUGACUGAGCAGGGCCCACCCCAGCGAACAAAGCUGAUGUUGCCUCGACAUAGCCCCGACCCUGUGGAAUGCCCAGUAUCGAAACCAGCACUGGAUUGUGCUGAAGUCUCUCAGCCGGCACCAAGACGCACCAGCCUCUGGCUGAGCUCUUCAGAGCUGUGUGAAGGGAAGGGAUGGCCCUGUUGGCUCCCCAGGCAGGUGGAGAUGUCUCAGCACCGAUGUCCUGCACCAGGCUGCACUGAAACUCUGCCUUUCAGAAGGCAUUUGUGUUCUGUUGGCCUCGGGGAGGCUCUGGUCAAACAGAAUCCGAGGAGCUCAGAUCUGUUUCCUCUGGUCUAACGAAUGCAAUGGGCUUGCAAAUUCGGGGAUGGCUCCUUGCCCAUGAUUAUGGGCUUGUUGACGUUUCCAGACAAUGACAAUGAUUGUGCCACCAGCCUGGCUUGAGACACCAGGCUGUCCCUUGCACUUGUGGUCCACACCAGCUCUACACCUCAAGCUCUGCACAGGAGGAGCCCAGCUGUGAGCAGAGCCCAACCUGAACCCAUGCAGCAUCAGUGUGAUGCGACACCCAGGGAGCCCAUGAUGAGUCUUCAGUGCAGCUUAGACCCUGGAGCCAAGGAUGCAGCUGUGGAGGAUGCAGUGCUCAGGAAGAAGGAGCAGAAAGAUGUGGAGCUCGACAAGAAGAUCUUGGCCCUGCGGAAGAAGAACGAAGCGCUCAUACGAAGGUACCAGGAAAUAGAAGAGGACAAAAAGCGAGCUGAGCAGGAGGGAAUGGCUGUUACCUCCAGGAGACCCAAGCAGGAUGGACUCACUAUUACCAUCACCAAAGCUCACAAUGAUAAAAGGGUGGUGAGUGAGAAAUGGGUGAGCCCCUGCACUACGAGCCCUGUGUUCGGCAUCGGCAGUGAGGAAGACGAGGAGGAGGAGGAAGCAGAUCAUAUGUUCACCUUCAGGAUGGGGAAGAGGAUGCAGCUGGCUGUCACCAUGGACAACAAAGCCAAGGGCAAGCGCAUCGUCAGUGAGAAGCGCUCCGAGUGCUUCCCGGGCGCCGGCAGAGUGCCAGAGCCCAGUGAGGAGGAGGCAGACCAUUUGGUGGCUUUCCGGCGGGGCAGGAGGAUGCAGAUUGCCAUCACCAUGGAUAACAAGGAAAAAGCAGAAGAGAGGAGAACAGCAGAGAAGAGGAGAUCAGACAGUGACAGAGGCCCAGAAAGUGAGCACAGACAGAAGGAUGCUGGGAAGUCAGUCCCGAAGAGCCCUGCAGACCUCAGUUUCCCCAUGACGGGACGGGAGCGCUCAGAGUACCUCCGCUGGAAGCGGGAGCGGGACCAGAUUGACCUGGAGCGAGUGGCACGGCACAAGAACGCCAAGGGCGAGUGGCGACGGGCUUGGGAUGUGGAGAAGUCAGAGCACAUGUUUGAAGAGGAUGGGGAGCCAGCCUUGGAUAAUCCCAGCAAUAAGAAAGGGGGAAGAAACGCAAGGAAAUUCCAGCACAAAUCCUUUCCUCCCGAUGGGAGAGGUGGAGGAAACGCGAGCAAUCCUGGUCCAAAAGUGGUACCUGCAGUGAGCAGCCGAGCCAAAGGCAAGGACAGGCUGACCGGCAGAGCCAGGAGAUGGGACGCAAAAGAAGGAGAGGACAUGGCGUUUGUGAAGGAUGACCUCGACAGCCAGAAGAGCCUUGGUGUGGAGAAGCGGAAGAGCAGAGGUGAGGAGGGAGUGGAAGAGAACUGCACAGCUGAGCCGGAGGAGCUCAAACAGCCAAACCCCCAGGAUCAUGGGGCCUCCUCAUCACAAAGGCUCAAAGGUGGAAAGGUCCAUUCUGCCCACAGUGGUCGGAAGGAGGAGCGCAGAGGAGUGAAGGGCUCCAGCGUGGAGGUGUCUGUGGCCAGCACAGGAGACUUGGAGCCAGGGCCCAAGCCAAGUAAUGAAGGGGCUGGGGAAGAUGCCAAUGGGAAGGCUGACCCUGCUGACAUCCCUCAGGAGAGCACUGACAGCACUCCUUCACGGAGCAGCCUUCCAAGCACCGUGCAGGCCACCAGGCAUGGCAGUGAGGAGACCUUGUCAUUGCCUGGGGCAGUGAAUGUAGAUGGAGCUGCCUUAGAGAAAAGCAGAGCUUCAGAACAGGAGUCCACUGAGGGCUCUGCAGACAGCCACGGGGGAGAGGUGGACGCAGCAGGAGACAGACUGGAUGCAGGUCAAAGACAGCUGGUGAGAGAAAGAGGGGAGGAAGUGAGCCCAGACACUGCCCUGCAGGGGCAGGCAGUUGCACUGCAAGGAGGUGAAGAUGCUGAAGGCACUGAGCACAAAGAGCCUUUGCCCCCAGGGAAAGGCAGCUCUGACAAGACUGUAGACUCUGAGCAGGACACGGCAACAUCACAGCCCAGGGAAGGGGACCAGCCUGAGGACUGCAAGUACAAGGACAGUGGGGACCCUCUCAACUAGCAGAGACUGCACUGGCUUGCCUGAGGCAGAAGGAGAACGUGCUGAAGGUGGUGGAUGAGAAGAGCACGAGUUUGUCCUCCCUCUUUUACCUGCUAUGAAAUCAGCUUUCAGCACCCGCCCUGGGCCCCUCAGCACCCAUUCACAACACACGGGGUCCCCAUCACCACUCCCUGCUCCCAGGUUUGGCAUCACCCUUUCCCAGCCGUACGCCAAAGGGCAGGGAAGGACACACACUCCCCAGCAACAAAGAAAACACCAUCACUCCCCUUCUGUAUUUAUUUAGCCUCUCUCGCAGCUGUGUGGCAAGCCAAUGACAUGUCUACUGGAUGCACUUUAUCUUAUUUAAUAACUAAUUGUGUUUAGAGCUAAGAUUUAGGUUUCUGGGCACACCACCCCUUUCUCCCCCCCAAGGCUGGCAGGGCACUGCGGUACCAGCACAGCCAGGCAGGGAGUGGGUGACUGACAAAGCAGAGCCUUAGGAGACAGGGUGAAGGGCGUUACGUUGUAGUUAGUAGGUGGGUGAUCAGGUAGUGUUGGGAGCAGCUCCUGUGCUAGAGGUUUGUAUGUGGUUGAAGUGUUGGCAGAGAUGUGUGGCAGUGGUGUGGGCCGUGGGGCACAAAGGGGAUGGAGCGUUCUUGCGUGUGGGGUGCUUUCGACAAGCACACCUCAACCACAGCAUCAGCCUUUAACUGGUCACUUUCCUCCUCCUCUUAGAUGUAGCAGGGCAAAGGCAGCGAGGCUGAAGCAGGACAUCAGGAGACUGAUUUUGCUAAGGGAGGCUGCUGCUAAUGGAGCAGGCUCACAGGCAGCUCAGCACAACCCUGUGCCUGCUUCCUGACACCAGGCAGGCUGCAGUACCUGCAGGUACCUGCAGCUCUCUGUGCCAGGCAGGGCUGGGAGGAGGACAGCACAAACACAAUCAUCUUCCCUCCCCACCCUGCACAAAGGAGAUGGCAGCAGGGCCCAGGCCAAGCUGGAGCUGAAGGUCUGAGGCUUCCAAUCAAAUGCUUUCACCUUCCUGGUUGUGCCUUUCAUAGCCUUGUGCUUGAAUUAAGAGGGCAUCAGUUUUGACCUGGCCUUAAAAGACACCUUUCAAAGGAAGGAUCUGGAUGAGAAUUAACCAACGUAAAUGUGCAAGAAUCCCAGCUGCUUGGAUUCCCGAGCUAAGAGAUUCCCAGCAAACUGGGUCCUACCUGAAAUAAGGGUACUGGUUAAGGAGAAGGCAGAAGCCAGGCACAAGGAAUAACACAAUGCUAUAUACGACAGCAGGAUCUUACCCUCACUUGGAAAUGCUGCUCUAAAGCUUGAUGCAGGAGCAAACACAUGCAAAGAUUUACUGGAGUUCACUGCAGGAUGCAUCUGCUGACCUCGGGGUAAGGCUGGCACGUGUGGACUGAAACACUGUAUGCUGGUUUAAUAAACUUAUGUUUGCACAGAUAAA